CCCCAAUUUUCCGAUCACUUUUUUCCGGCAACAAAAACACCCAUUUCAUGUCUUCCCUCCAUUUCUUUGCCGGAGACUAGUUGCCGGAACUCUUAAACCCCUAAUUUCAAAAACCCAAAUUUCAGCAAAAACCCUAAAAAUAAUUUUAAUGGCAUCAGCAAUAUUAUACAAUAGUAGUAAAAGUUACCAAAACCCUAAUUUCACACCCAAUUUUACCCACAGUAACUUUAAUUUCACCACUUUUCAAAACCCUAAUUUCACCCAUUUCAACCACAUUUCUCGCCCACCCCACCAUUUCCCGCCGCCGGAAAAACCAACAACCCACAUUUUCCAACAACCCCACCACCCGCCGCCGCCGGAAAAACCCAUUUUCCGACGAGGCACCAAGUCUGACGGCCGUUGUUACAUUACUUUCCGUCUUGCCUCUUUCUCUAAAAGAGAACUCAAAGAUUUAAAAAAACGGUUAGUCUCCGAUCUUCACCGGGUCCGGAUCCUCCGUCAGCGGGUCGAGCAGGACUUGACGGUUCCUAAACGUCCGUUACCGUUACCGUUACCGUUACCGAAAGAAACAACAAAGAAACAGAAAGUUACUGUGAAGAAGAAUGUGGGGAAAAAGAGCGGUAAAAAGGGUAAAAAAUAUAAUGAUGACGUGGCGAUGAAAAACUGUAAGCAGAUAUUGGGGAAAUUAAUGAAGUCAAAAAAUGGGUGGGUUUUUAAUAAACCAGUAGAUACAGUUGGAAUGAAAUUAUUUGAUUAUAAUCAGAUUAUAAAAAACCCAAUGGAUCUUGGUACGAUCAAGAAAAAGAUCGAAAAGAACGAAUACAACAACGAUUCUUUCGAGUUUGCGAAUGACGUCAGAUUGACUUUCAACAAUGCAAUGUUGUAUAAUGGAAAAGGGUCUGAAGUUUAUGUAAUGGCAGAGAGGUUAUUGUUGUUAUUUGAAGGAUUAUUUAGUGGUGAAAAUGUGAAGAAAAAGUCAAAUGAGAAAGUCAAUGUGAAAGUCGAAAAGGCGGUUGAGGUCGUUAGAAAUGUGGGUGAGAAAAUGAAUAAGAAGAAGAGGGAGAUGACGUGUGAGGAGAAGGAGAAAUUGGCGGAGAGUUUGUUGAGUAUGGAUUUGGAGAAUGAUGGGAUGGAUGAGUUGGUGAAGAUUUUGAAAGGUAAGGCUUUGGGUUUGAAACGGUUUGGGAACGAGAUUGAGCUCGAUAUCGGGGUCAUUGAUGACGAUACGUUGUGGAAAUUGCGUAGUUUUGUUGAUGCUAAGAAGAAGAUUCUGCAGGCUGAUGAUUGUGUAGUUAGUGAACCAAAUGAGGUGAUGGAAGAGGAUGUUGAUAUAGGGGAGGAAAUACAAUUGACCAAUUAUAAAAGUGUGGAGAUAGAGAAAGAUAGUAGCAGUUCAAGUUCUUCUGAGAGUGAUUCUUCAUCAAGUGGGUCUAGUUCGGAUUGUUCUUCAGGGAGUGGUGGCGAGGAACAGGAGGCGAAUUCGACACAGAACAAUUAAGGGUGUGAAGGAAGAAGAGACUUUUUUGGGGGUUUUUGCAGUUGUAGCAAGCACAUUUGUAAAGGAAUUAACAACAAUGACUGUUGAUGAAACAAGAUUUUAGGUUUAAUGUUAGAACUUACGACAUUCUGAUCAGUAAGGUAAGGUAGUUUGGUAGUUUGACAACAAGGAAGUUAAGGUUAAAAAAGGUAGGCGAUUCGGACAGAGUUAGAAGAAUGUAAUCAAAUGCAGUUUAGCAGUGAUGUAUAUAGUGAAAGUGAAAGCCUGCUGGUUUUGCUUAUGAAAGAUUUGUGUUAAGCGAUCAUGAGUAUCAUACAUAAGGCUGUAAAUUGAAUUCUACCUGGUUAACUUAAA